UCCUCUCAAUUUGUGUUGCUCCCAUGACGUGCUGGAUCAGAGACCAAUGCAGGAGAAAAAGGGCAGGCAAAAAGAACUGGAUCUUCAAUGGCCGGGGAAAGAUUGAUCAAGUGGCUGAAAUGAAUAUGAACACUAUCCUAGAAGAGAUUCUGAUUAAAAGAUCACAACAAAAGAAGAGAACAUCUCCUUUAAAUUAUAAAGAGAGGCUUUUUGUGCUUACAAAGUCCAUGUUAGCAUAUUAUGAAGGUCGUCCAGAGAAAAAGUACAGAAAAGGAUCAGUUGACAUUUCCAAAAUCAAGUGUGUAGAAAUUGUGAAGAGUGAUGGUAUUAUUCCCUGUCAAAAUAAAUAUCCAUUUCAGGUUGUAUAUGAUAGUAGCACACUUUAUAUUUUUGCUCCCACUGCAUACAGCAGGGAUCAGUGGGUAAAGAAUUUGAAAGAAGAAAUAAAGAACAAUAAUAAUAUAAUGGUAAAAUACCAUCCUAAAUUCUGGACAGAUGGCAUCUAUCAAUGCUGUAGACAAACAGAAAAAUUAGCACCUGGUUGUGAAAAAUACAACUUCUUUGAAAAUGGUAUAAAGUCAUUGCCUCCACCAAUGCCAGAUAAAAAUAAGUUUCAAAGAAGGCCUCCACCCCCUGUUCCCCCAGAAGAAGAGGAAGAAGAGGAAGAAAUAGUAAUUGCCAUGUAUGACUUUCAGCCUACGGAACCUCAUGACUUGAGGCUAGAAAGAGGUCAAGAAUAUAUCAUAGCUGAAAAAAAUGACAUUCAUUGGUGGAAAGCAAGAGAUAAAAAUGGAAACAAAGGAUAUAUUCCAAGCAACUAUGUAACAGGAAAGAAGUCCAACAGCCUAGAUCAGUAUGAGUGGUACUGUAAAAAUCUGAACAGGAGUAAGGCAGAAAUUCUCCUUAGAAAUGAGGAUAAAGAAGGUGGUUUUAUGGUGAGGGACUCUAGUCAACCGGGUUUAUAUACAGUAUCCCUAUAUGCAAAAUUUGGAGGAGAAGGGUUAUCCGGAAUAAGACACUAUCAUAUAAAAGAAACUAUGACAUCGCAAAAGCAGUACUACCUAGCAGAAAAACAUCUCUUUAAUUCCAUACCAGAGUUAAUAGAGUAUCAUAAACACAACGCUGCAGGACUUGUGACAAGGCUACGAUACCCAGUGACUCCAAAGACAAAACCUUCACCAACUACUGCAGGAUUCAGUUAUGAGAAAUGGGAAAUCAAUCCUGCAGAACUCACGUUUAUGAGAGAAUUGGGCAGUGGUCUCUUUGGAGUGGUGCGUCUUGGCAAAUGGAGAGCACAAUAUAAAGUAGCCAUCAAAGCAAUUCGAGAAGGUGCAAUGUAUGAAGAAGACUUUAUAGAAGAAGCUAAAGUGAUGAUGAAGCUGACCCAUCCAAAAUUAGUCCAGCUGUAUGGCGUUUGUACUCAGCAGCGACCUAUUUACAUAGUGACAGAGUUCAUGGAGCACGGCUGCCUUCUGAAUUACCUUAGGCAAAGACGCGGAUGCUUCACGAAAGACAACCUGCUGACAAUGUGCCAGGACGUAUGUGAAGGAAUGGAAUACCUAGAAAGUAACAGCUUUAUUCACAGAGAUCUGGCAGCCAGAAACUGCUUAGUGAACGAGUCAGGGGUGGUGAAAGUGUCUGACUUUGGCAUGACAAGGUAUGUACUUGAUGAUCAGUACACAAGCUCUUCAGGGGCUAAGUUUCCUGUGAAGUGGUGCCCACCAGAGGUUUUUAAUUAUAGCCGAUUCAGCAGCAAGUCAGAUGUCUGGUCUUUUGGUGUUCUCACGUGGGAAGUGUUUACUGAGGGCAAAAUGCCCUUUGAGACUAAUACAAACUAUGAAGUGGUGACUAUGAUUAGCCAAGGACACCGUCUAUUUCGGCCAAAGCUAGCUUCUAAGAAUGUUUAUGAUGUGAUGAUGAUGUGCUGGCAUGAGAAACCAGAAGGUCGACCAACAUUUCAGGAUCUGCUGCAGAUGAUUGAUGCUAUAGCAGAGGAUGCUUCAUCCUGAGAAGACAUGACAGGAGCACAGAAGUUCACAGUAUUUCAGAGAUGCUGCUGUAAAGGCAUGACGACCCUGGAUGCGGCAUAAAAAGGACCACACAGAAACAAGGCAACAGUGCACAUUUCUCUCUCUCUAUCUCUCUCUCUGAGGAGGAGGAGGAGGAGUUUUAUUAAGGCACCCAUAGUUCACUAAGUCAGUUGAGCAGCACUAUGAUGUGGACACCGCUGAGGAUUGCCAAGGUGAAAAUGCUGCAUCUAACUGUAGGAAGAAACGAGCUGAAACCACCUUUAACUGCAGAGCAGGGACUGAGUUAUAUGCAAGUCUCUUCUCUUACCAAUCAAUAGUUGUUUCCAUUCAAACAAGUUGAAGAGCAUCGUUUAGUGACUCUCUUGAAUCAUGGCCAGAUAUUGCCACAGCAGUGCUUUCGAGGCCUACCUGAACACUCCACGUCUCACAGUAGCUGGCCACAGCUAUAAAUAUUGCUGCUAGCUCAUGAACUUCAGAGUUCUUUUGUUGUUGUUGUUGCUUCCUUUAAUAGUGGGCACUGCUGAAUCUAUUGAUCACUGGUUUAGAGCUUCUCUAGCUCACCUUAGGUUUACCUUCUAUCACAAAGUCUUCCCAGAGAAUUUGUAACUGGAGAAUACCGAACUUAUAGCCAGUUGUAUCGACACUGCUAGUUGGUGCACUGUAGCACUUAGUUGAUAGCAAAGUAAAACACAAUAAAAGGUGUAUGUAGUCUUAAGAGCAGAGUAUUGUACCUGGGUAUAAAUCCCUAUUUAUCCAUGCAACUACUAGUAGGCAGGGAUGCUGUGGGCCAAUUACUAUCUUUCAACCUAACCUACCUCACAUAGCGGUUGGAGGAAAGGAGAGAGAGGAAGUGUAGGAUGAAAAUGUAAAAAAUAUAUAGUGAAUUGGAAGCUGUUGUAACUCACAGGGCCCAUGGCCUAGCACAGACUGAUAUGGAAGCAAGCAUAGGGUGGACUUGACACAACAUUCAUAAUAAAUUAUGAAUACAGUCUACAUUCUGUAAAUAUACACAGAACACAUGUAUUUAUAUGAAAUGGGAAUGUACUAUUUCCUGAAAGAUUUGAAAGCACAGCUUUCUGAAUCUAUUGCAUGUUGCACAUUAUUUGAUAUAUUGCACCUGUACCAGAAGGAGAACAAGCAUACUCCAAAUUUGAUUAUAAAUCAGAAUUUUCUUGGUCAGUUGUUUGUUUUAACUCCGCAGCUGAUAAAAUGUGCUUUACAUCCCUAAUAAUGAAAAAUUAGGAUUUUACUGUUUUAUUGGUAGUUAUUAAUAGUGUAAGCUGCUCUGUCCUUUUUGUUGUAGAACGGGCAGGGUAUAG